ACUCUACCCCGGGGCCGAGGAGUGACGACUCGGGGCGGUAGAGGGCGCCGGCGCGAGACCUGGCUGGGCCCCCGGGUGCAGCCCAAGGACCAAGGCGGACCAUUGCCGACGCCAUGCGCGCGCUGCUACCGCUGCUACGCACGGGUUGGGGCUCGCGCGCGGCAGGCCUCGCCGCCGCCCGACAGCCGAGGGAACGGAACGCAGGGCCCGGGCCGCGCCGUGCCAUGGCCCUGUACCGCACUGAGGAGCGUGGCCAGCCCGACUCGCGCGACUACCGCCUCUUCUUCAAGAAUGUAGCUGGUCACUACAUUUCCCCCUUUCAUGAUAUUCCUCUGAAGUUGGACUCUAGAGAGAGUAUGUUUAAUAUGAUUGUAGAAGUACCUCGCUGGACAAAUGCUAAAAUGGAGAUUGCCACCGAGGAGCCAUUGAAUCCCAUUAAACAAGAUGUAAAGAAUGGCAAGCUACGCUAUGUGGCAAAUAUCUUCCCUCAUAAGGGUUAUAUAUGGAAUUACGGUGCCCUCCCUCAGACUUGGGAAGAUCCUCAUCGAAAAGAUAAGAGCACAGACUGCUGUGGAGAUAAUGAUCCUAUUGAUGUUUGUGAAAUAGGCUCAAAGGUUUUAUCUCGCGGAGAGGUUAUUCAUGUGAAGAUCCUUGGAAUUUUGGCUCUUAUUGAUCAGGGUGAAACAGAUUGGAAAUUAAUUGCUAUCAAUGUGAAUGAUCCUGAAGCCUCAAAGUUUCAUGAUAUUGAUGAUGUCAAGAAGUACAAACCUGGUUAUUUGGAAGCUACGCUUAAUUGGUUUAGAAUGUAUAAGGUGCCAGAAGGAAAACCAGAAAACCAGCUUGCUUUUAAUGGAGAAUUCAAAAACAAGGCUUUUGCUCUUGAAGUCAUUGAAUCCACUCAUGAAUGUUGGAAAGCACUGCUUAUGAAGAAGUGUGAUGCAGGGGCUAUAAAUUGUACAAAUGUGCAGGUAUGCGGUAGCCCUUUCUGUUGCACUCAAGAGGAAGCAAGAUCCUUAGUUGAAUCGGUAUCAUCUUCACUGAAUAAAGAAAGUAGCAAUGAAGAAGAGCAAAUGUGGCACUUCCUUGGAAAGUGAUUGGGGCCUUUGAAGUUCUGCCAUCAGGACUCCCACCAUCCUUUUCCCCCAAGUGCUAGAGCUAGGCAGGUGCUUGUGCAUUUGCUGACUUCCUGCUGAAACUUCAUUUUUUUUUUUAAACUUUCUGAGAUAUGCAAUAUGUAAAUAAACACUGAAAUUUUUGCAUUA